CUCUCGCAGAAUCCAUAGCAGUUAAGCUUCAACGCCACAAACUCCAACACCUCAUAAUCUUCUUCUGUCAUCCUCCAUUAAAAAACAUUAUAUUUUCUGAUGAAUCAUCCUCAACCAUCACCAGCUUCCCAUUCUUUUACUCUAAAUAAAUACUUAAUCAACUUUCCCUUCUUUUACUUUACACCUUUAGAGUUGUUAGAACUAACCCACUUGCUCAAUAUUAGUAAUUAAUUAAUGGACAAACUUAGGAAGUCCUUUAAAUCUCUUUCCCCUGAUGAUACUAACACUUCAAACUCUGAAGAAGAACGCCAAGUUCUCUUGACAGAAAAAAAAAAUGAGUCCUUCUUCACAAUCACAUCCCCAGCAAUGGAUACAUCCGACGCUAGGGACGUUAUAGUCAAAGUUAACACCAGAGAGACCCCAAAAAAUACUGAACUUUCCUCUUCUUCCAAGUCCCAGUUCAGUAACAAUGGAGACAGUAAAACUAGUGGUAAAACAUGGAGAGAUUCCAGUUACGAUUUCACCAACGAUGAGGUUAUGAAAGCGCAAUUCGACUUUGUAACGGAGUCACCAUUAUCCAGAGUGGAAGAGAGUCCCAUGAGGGAUGUUAAGGUUUCGUUUAACGACAAUCUUAACGAACCAAAACGCCGCCGUUCCAGUGCUAGUGGGGUGGCUGGAGAGGAAGUUUUGUUAUGUACUUCCAGCAGCUCUUCAUCCAGGAGGAAAUCGAGUGUUUUGACAACUAGGACAAAAUCAAGGCUCCUGGACCCACCUGACCAAGAUCAUAAGUCUCAGAAGAUGACAAUGAAAUCUGGGUUUUUGGGAAAAGGCAGUGAAAUUGAUGAAGAGGAUCCUUUUUGGGAUGAAGAUUUACCUGAGCAAUAUAAGAAGAUGAAGUUUACUCCAUUAAGUGUUCUUCAGUUGCUAAGUUUGAUUUUGAUUAUUGCUGCAUUUGUUUCUAGUUUAGCGAUUCCAGUAUUAAGGGAAAAGAGGGUUUUUGAGCUUGAAUUAUGGAAAUGGGAGUUAAUGGUUUUGGUGUUGAUUUCUGGAAGAUUGGUUUCUGGAUGGUUGAUUAGGUUGGUGGUGUAUUUCAUUGAGCGUAAUUUCUUGUGGCGAAAACGGGUUUUGUAUUUCGUUUAUGGAUUGAGGAAUGCUGUACAGAACUGUAUUUGGUUGAGUUUAGUGUUGAUUGCAUGGCAAUCUAUUUUUGAUAAGAAAGUUGAGAGGGUGACCCAUGGGAAGGUGUUACCUUAUGUGUCUCGUAUUUGGGUGUGUCUUUUGGUAGGUACAUUCAUUUGGCUGCUGAAAACUCUACUUGUAAAGGUGCUGGCUAUGUCAUUUCAUGUUAACGCGUUUUUUGAUCGGAUUCAAGAGUCUCUGUUUAAUCAAUAUGUGAUUGAGACCUUGUCUGGGCCACCAAUUGUUGAGAUUGAGCACGAACAAGAAGAGGAGGAGAAAGUUAUGGCGGAGGUGCAGAAGCUUCAGAAUGCUGGGGCUACAUUGCCUGCUGAUCUCAAGGCGGCCAUAUUACACAACAAGAGGCCUAUUGGAAAGAGCCCACCAUCCGCUACCGCCAGGAGUCCUGUUUUCUCCAGUGUCAUGACUAAGAAAGAAGAGGGGGGCAUCACUAUAGAUCAUCUGCAUAGGCUGAAUCACAAGAACAUUUCAGCUUGGAAUAUGAAAAGAUUGACCAACAUUGUUAGGAAAGGGGUGUUGUCAACUCUGCAUGAUCAGCUACAGCAUUCAACAGAUGAGGAGGAUGAAUCUGUAGAGAUCACAAGUGAAAAACAGGCUAAAGUUGCAGCCAGGAAGCUAUUUAACAAUGUGGCUAAGCCUGGCUCCAAGUUCAUCUAUCUGGAGGAUUUGAUGCGUUUUAUGAGAGAAGACGAGUCUCUGAAAACAAUACACCUCUUUGAAGGUGGAACUGAAGCCAAAGGUGUCAGUAAACGGGCUUUAAAAAAUUGGGUGGUGAAUGCAUUUAGAGAACGAAGAGCUCUUGCUUUGUCUUUGAAUGAUACAAAGACUGCUGUGAGGAAACUGCAUCAGAUGUUGAAUGUUCUUGUGGCAGUAAUCAUAUUGGUUAUCUGGCUCCUUAUACUGAGAGUUGCCACUACACAUUUCUUGGUCUUAAUGAGUUCCCAAGUUCUUCUGGUGGUAUUCAUGUUUGGAAACGCAGCCAAGACAACCUUUGAGGCAAUCAUAUUUUUAUUUGUGAUGCACCCAUUUGAUGUAGGUGAUCGUCUUGAAGUCGAAGGAGUUCAGAUGAUAGUUGAAGAGAUGAAUAUAUUGACGACAGUUUUCCUGAGAUAUGAUAACCAGAAGAUCAUUUAUCCAAACAGUGUCUUGUCUACAAAGCCCAUAAGUAAUUACUAUCGCAGUCCUCACAUGGGAGAUGCAAUUGAUUUCUGUAUUCAUAUUUCCACUCCUAUGGAAACGAUUGCUACAAUGAAGGAGAAAAUCACAAGGCAUGUUGACAACAAGAGUGAUCAUUGGUAUCCAGCUCCAUUAAUUGUCAUGAGGGAUGUGGAAGAUUUGAACAGAAUAAAAUGGUCAGUGUGGCUUUCACAUACAAUGAAUCACCAAGAUAUGGGGGAGAGAUGGUCAAGGAGAGCUCUUUUGGUUGAAGAGAUGAUAAAGAUAUUCAGGGAGCUCGAUAUUGAAUAUCGUAUGCUGCCUCUUGAUGUCAAUGUUCGUAACUUGCCACCAUUGUCGUCAAGCAGAACUCCCUCAAACUGGACCAUUUGUGCUUAGUUGAUCCUAACAAGGCAAAAGUGGUUGCAGGAGCAGUCUGCUACGGCGAGAAUUCCAGUGAUCAGAGGCAGAUCCAACAUAUAAGCAGUAGGUGGAUGUGCAUUCCUUGUCUCAGAUUCGAAUUAUAAAUUUUUCUACUAUGUAUAUAAUAUAUUCUAAGAGGUGCAAUACCGCAUGCUUAUUAUAGUUAGUUGUCAGAAGUUAGCUUUUAAAUAUACCAUGCUCAACAAUCGGCUUCACUCA